CCGGUUUCUAAUUUCAACGAGCCAAAACAGACGGAGAGCAGCAGCAGCAGAGAGAAGGAGAAGAAAAAAAAUGGAGGAAUAAAAAGGGCAAGACAGAGAGAGAGAAAAAAAAAGAAAGGCAAGAGAGGAGAGAAUCCCAAUUCCCCAAGUACACGAGAGGGGAGAGGAGAGCAGAGCGCACUACAAGAGAGGAGAGAGAGAGAGAGGGUGUGAGGAGGAGAGAGGGGCAGCCAGCAGCAGGGGCAGAAGCAUUAGAAGCGGGCAGCAGUAGAUAGAGCCAUCUAUCUGUACAGGUAUAAAUCCUUCCUUCCUUCCUCCUCGCUCAUCGAUAGGAGGAGAGAGAGAGAGGGAGGGGGGCAGAUUGGGUGGUGUGGUGGUGGGGAUUUUUCUCGGGUGCGGGGGGGAUAUAGGGGAUGAGCUGAUUGGGGGGUGGUCGGUUCAAAGCCGCGAUCUUUGAGUCGGGAUCUGGGGUUCGUGAUCCCCUCUUCCCCCAACUAUGGGUUCGAUCUAGAUCACGGCAAGGAGAUUAGAGAGGGAGCGAAAGAUCUUUCCUUAUUUUUUUUUGUAUCAAAAAUCUCAGAAGAGCAGGAGGAAAGAGGAAUAAAUCGGGAGCGAGGGAGAAGGCAUGAUGCUGGAAGGCAACUCCUGCCUCAUCUCGCGCUCCCUGCCGAGCUCCUGCGAGCCGGAGUCCCAGUGGGCGUACCUCUCCCACGAGGUGCUCAACGGCAAGCGCCCGGCGCCGGAGGAUGCGGAAGCCGAGGACAUGGACGAGGUUGACUUCGGCGGCGGGAAGCGCAGCAAGCCGCCAUCGCCGCAGCCGCACACGCCGGACAUAUCUGAGGGCCAUGGCUCCAGUCGCCAUGUUGCCGCCUCUGGCGGCGGAGAGGAGCAUGGCAACGGGAGCAGCCUCAUUGGUGCGAUUGGCCGUGACCUUACCAUCAAUUGCCUCCUCCGGCUGUCACGGUCAGACUAUGGCUCGGUGGCCUCCCUGAACAAGGACUUCCGGUCGCUCGUGCGCAACGGGGAGAUCUACCGCCUGCGUCGCCAGAGUGGGGUGGCAGAGCACUGGGUCUACUUCUCCUGUAACGUCCUCGAGUGGGACGCUUACGACCCAUAUCGCGAGCGCUGGAUCCAAGUGCCCAAGAUGCCACCAGAUGAAUGCUUCAUGUGUUCUGACAAGGAAUCACUUGCUGUGGGCACUGAACUUCUUGUGUUUGCGAUGGCACACAUUGUGUUCAGAUAUAGCAUUCUAACCAAUUCAUGGACACGGGCUGAUCCGAUGAUCUCACCACGGUGCUUGUUUGGGUCAACAAGUGUUGGGGCAAAGGCAUAUGUUGCUGGGGGCACUGAUUCUUCUGGCAGGAUAUUGAGCUCUGCAGAAAUGUACGACUCGGAGACACAUUCUUGGACACCCCUUCCCAGCAUGAAUCGGGCAAGGAAGAUGUGCUCCGGGGUGUUCAUGGAUGGCAAGUUCUAUGUGGUUGGUGGUGUUGCCAGCAACAACAAGGUGUUGACAUGCGGUGAGGAAUAUGACCUGAAGAGGCGAUCUUGGAGGGUGAUCGAAAACAUGUCUGAGGGUCUCAACGGAGUGACUGGUGCUCCUCCACUUAUUGCUGUUGUUAACAAUGAGCUUUAUGCUGCUGAUUAUAGUGAAAAGGAUGUGAAGAAGUAUGACAAGCAAAACAAUAAAUGGAUCACUCUUGGUAAGUUGCCUGAACGGUCUGUGUCAAUGAAUGGGUGGGGCCUUGCUUUCCGAGCAUGUGGUGAUCGGUUGAUUGUCAUCGGCGGCCCAAGGACUUCUAUUGGUGGUACGAUUGAGCUUAAUUCAUGGACCCCGGAUGAGCGGCCGCCUGUGUGGAAUUUGAUUGCCAGGCGGCCAUCUGGGAACUUCGUGUAUAAUUGUGCUGUGAUGGGCUGUUGAAUCCACUGAAUAAAGAUUCAAUAUGGUGGAUUAUUUAUGAAGGAUGGUAUGCACAAAGGCAGCCUGUUCAAUUGCUUCAGUCCUGAUGCUCCGUAGCGAUUUCUGCCUUCUGUCCAGUUUCAGAUUCAACUGGGCAUCUGCUGAGUGGCAGCAGUCAUGUAACCCCCUGAGUUCUUCUAAUACUUCUGUUUUCCUCGCUAAUCCAUUUCAACAUUUGCAUUUGGAUCAACUGCUCGUGAUUUGAAAGAUACGAGACUAUGCAAAACAGUGUUAUAUUAAUAAUCUAGGAACAGCUUUCAGAAGGCUUUUCACUAUUGAUGAACAACCUGUUAAGCAAUACUCGAUUCAUAUGUGGCUGCAACAAAGAUAUUCAUCAAUUAUGAACACCAUGCCUUAUGUUUGCUGGUAUAAUUUUCUUUUAUCAA